AUGCAGGUCUUCUGGUUGAAAGAUGGUCAGUUGGUCGACUUCGCUAAAGAUGACAAUUACAUCAUGUCGAACGAUAACAGUCUGAUCAUAAACCAGGCACGCCUGAGCGAUAUGGGAAACUACACCUGUGGAGCGCAAAAUUUGGCCAGCAAAAGGCUUAGUGCUUCAGCCAUGCUCACUGUCUUUAGUAAAACACGUUUUUAUUUCAACUUAUUCGUUUCAUCAAUUUUCUUUUCUUUUUUCUUUCUUUCUUCUUUUUUCUUUCUUCUUUUUUCUUUCUUUCUUCUUUUUUCUUUCUUUCUUCUUUUUUCUUUCUUUCUUCUUUUUUCUUUCUUUCUUCUUUUUUCUUUCUUUCUUCUUUUUUCUUUAUUUCUCUGUGUUUUUAUUUCUCUUUUUCUUUCUUUUCCUUUCUUCAGUUUUUCUUUUUCUUAUUUUCUUUCUUUUUUUCCUUUUCCUUUCUUUUUCCCUUUCCUUUUUACUUUUGCUGACUUUUUUUCUUUACUAUUUUCUUUAUUUUUUCUUAUUCCUUUUCCCUUAUUUCCUUUUUUUCCUUUUUCUUUUUUAUUUCUUUUUUUCCUUUCCUUUCUUUUUCUUUUCUUUUUUUCUUUCCCCUUUUCUUAA